GAGUAGAGCUACAGCGAGUUUAAAAAAUGCAAAGGGAAGCACUGGAGAUCGAAAACUGCUGACGACCUUAUACCAGGGCAUGUCUUCGGGGCAGUGUAUUAGGUACCGGGUAUUGGAUACCUAGCGCUCUUAGCAAAUGGCCAAGAUGAUGACGUUUUGGUUUCUGGUUUUGGUUCUGGCGACCUUAAAUCCGACCCUGCAUAGCGGGCGCGUAAAAGCCACCAAAGCCAUUUCCGCGUCGAGGUUCACGUUUCUGGACCGACAAAAUGACGAUUACGAGACAAGUUGGUCCCACUUCCUUCCCACAAACUUCUACUCCGAAAUGAACAUGCAGUACUACAGGAGAUUUCGUAGACAGGGUGGCUUGGUAGGAGGAGGAAAACAACCGUACCCAUUUGAAUAUGCUCGAUACGUCUGA